UGUGAGAGGAUGCUCUUUAAAGAGAAGCUUCAACAGAAAAGUGAAACAGAAGACUUCUGGUGUUUAGCUUCAUUAUGGCUGCUCAGCUGCUGCUAUUUGUCUUUAUAUGUGCCUUUGUAAAGAAUAAUGCACACGCCCUCCUUCAACCCAGAGUCUCAGUGAAUUCAUUGCUGAUCACAGAGACAGACUCGGUCACAGUGAGCUGUCACACUUCAUCAGAUAUUCCUGUGUCUCAGUGUGAUUUCUACCACUCGACCUUGAAGAUAUCUGAAGGCUUGUGUGUUCAGACGCUGACAGGAGCAGAGUUGCUCCAGAAGAUAAAGAAGACCUCACCUGCUGAGGUGGAACUGAAAUGUUCUUACUCUGUAAAGCUUGAUGCAAUUAAUUCUACAUCUCCAGACAGCGAUUCAUCAACCAUCAUGAUAAACAAUCUUCUCCAACCAAAGCUGAUGGUGGAACCACUGGAGAUCACAGAGACAGAUCCAGUCACAAUCAGCUGUCAGCUUCCACCAUCUGUUAAUCUGUCAACAUGUUAUUUUGAAUUUUCAAGACAAAAACCUGCCAAAAGUUUCUCUUGUUUGAAGACACUGACAGGAAAAGAACUGCUCUCAAUGGCGGAGCAAAGCUCACCGUCUGAAGUUGAAGUGAGAUGUUUUUACCUGGAUGCAAAUCAAUCUCCCAAGAGCAACAUUUCCACUGUCAUCAUACGCAUUCCUCGUCCUGAACUGACAGGAUAUCCUGCAGUGAUCACAGAGAUGGAUUCAGUCAUGUUAAAGUGCUCGACUCCGUCAUCUUUUCCCGUGACUGGGUGUUAUUUGAAGUUCAUGAGAACAAAAGUUUCACAGUCCAUCUCCUGUGAUCGGUACCUGGGAGGAGUUGACCUUCUGUUUCUUGCAAAACAGACUUCACCUGCUCAGGUUGACCUAACAUGUUAUUACACUGUGAAGCACAGAGGAGCAGACCAGAUUUCUCCAGACAGCCACAUCCUCUCCAUCAGGAUAGAAAAUAUGUAUGAAUGGACCACGACCCCGAUGACUGUACCUUUCAGUGUGACCACAGGUGUGACUUCGUCUCCAUGGAGUAACACUGUUAGUUCUACUUCUGCCUCAGUAACACCACGUAAACCAACACCAGAAGCCUCAAGCCCUGCCUCAACAUCAGGUCCUACUUCCUCUCCAUGGAGUGGCACUCUUAGUUCUACUUCUGUAUCACGGAAACCAACACCAGAAGCCUCAAGCCCUGCCUCAACAUCAGGUCCUACUUCCUCUCCAUGGAGUGGCACUCUUAGUUCUACUUCUGUAUCACGGAAACCAACACCAGAAGCCUCAAGCCCUGCCUCAACAUCAGGUCUGACUGUUUCUACAUUGAGUGACACAGUCAGCUCACAGUCUGAUCCUGGAACACUGAUGAAACAAAAAGCAUUUUGGAAAUGGACGGUGCUUCCAUUGUCCUUAGGAGUGACUGUGGGCAUUAUCUUAAUGGGAAUGACACUUUUCUGCAGCAAAAGAAGAAGUGAUAAAUAUUUUCACCAGAGGCCUCAGCCCAACCACACUGGUGACUCUGUGGACAUGUGGAAUAUUGGAAGACUGCUGCCUGCAGGUAACGAUGAGAGCUACAGUGAGAUAACCUCUAUACCUGCUGCUGACCCUCCUGCAGGUUUUCAGCAACCAAACAAGACUCAUCCUCAAAAUUCUGAAGAGGACCAUCAGUAUGCCACGAUCCCUGACGAGCCAGCCGCACUGUUCCGGAUAAACCCUGUUUAUGACACCAGUCAGACAAACUGAAACACAGAGAUUUUUAAAGUCUGUUCCAGGGAAACACAAAAGCUUUUUAACAAUUAUGACCUAAAAUUAUGCACAUGAAGCGAGAAGUUUAGAAUGAUUCAUGUAAAAUACUGUGACCUGGGUUUUAUGUGGGAUCAUUUUUAUUUUACUUUUUAUUUUUUGUCAAAGACAAUAAUAGAUUCGUUGAAUAUUCUCAUGCUCCAGUUAAAAACUCCCUUCAUUUCUGAUCAGUCAUCUCCUGGAAACAUUAGUUUAAUGAGGCAUGAAAAGGAUUCAAUUAUUACAAAUAUAAAUGUACAUUUCAAUGUAUCGAUGAUGUUUAGUAUAUUAGAUAUCGUGUGUUUUUUGGGAGGCAGGACUGUUUAUGGUGGGAACAUUUCUUUGUUGGAUCAGGAGUUCACCCAAAGAAGAAACACCUGUAACCUGUGGAUCACAAUUCACCUUUGAAAAGUGUCAAUAAAUUCAAUAGGCAGAA